GUGUCAGGGAAGGGGGCCUGACUUCUCUUCUGCUUAAAUACCAAACAAAUGCGAUAAACGCUCAAGGAGUCUACAAGCACCAGCAGCAAAAGUCAGAGAAGAGAAAGAAGAGCUGUGAUGGCAAACCACUGUUUGACUUCCAACGUGGACCUGAGAAGCCGUGAAAACAACUCCUCUCACCGUACGAAGGAAAUCGAUCGGGAUCGUUUGAUUGUCCGCAGAGGCCAGCCCUUCUCAGUCGCAGUACAGAUCUGCGACUCUACGGUGCAGAACGGCCAACUGGAACUGGUCCUGCACCUUGGAAAGAGAGAUGAAGUCAUGAUCAAGGUCCAGAGGGAGAGUGGUGGUGCAGACCACUGGUGGUUUUCCCAGCAGGCAGCGCAGGAUGAAGUGAUGCUGACGUUGCACAGCCCAGCGGAUGCUAUCAUCGGCCAAUACCGUCUUGCUGUGCUAGUGAUGUCACCCGAUGGACACAUUGUCCAAAAAAUAGAGGGAGUCAGCUUCCACCUGCUGUUCAACCCUUGGAACAAAGAUGAUGCUGUAUACCUGCCUGAAGAAUCUCAUCUGCAGGAGUACGUGAUGAACGAGACUGGGAUCAUAUACAGGGGUACCUCGGAAUACAUUAGCAGUAUUCCUUGGAAUUAUGGGCAGUUUGAAGACAAUAUAAUGGACAUUUGCUUUGAAGUCCUGGACAACUCCAGAGAAGCCCUGAAGAACUCAAAGAUGGACAUGGAAUGCAGAGCUGACCCGGUGUACAUCAGCAGGAUUAUCACUGCGAUGGUCAAUGCCAACGAUGAUCACGGCGUGUUAUUUGGGAGCUGGACACCGCCGUACUCUAACGGAGUUGCUCCGAGUAAAUGGACUGGCAGUGUCCCCAUCCUUCGGCAGUGGAGCAGCACCAGAGCCAGAGCAGUGAAGUACGGCCAGUGCUGGGUGUUUGCCGGUGUGGCGUGCACAGUCUUGCGCUGUCUGGGAAUCCCUACACGCCUCAUCACAAAUUUCUGCUCGGCUCAUGACGUGGAUGGGAACCUCUGUGUGGACGUAGUAGACACCUUUAACAGCCGGCAGGACAGCACCUGGAACUUUCACUGUUGGGUUGAGUCCUGGAUGAGGAGAGAUGAUCUUCCAAAAGGAAACGAUGGUUGGCAGAUUUUGGACCCGACCCCGCAGGAAAGAAGUGAUGGCGUGUUCUGCUGUGGUCCAUGUCCAGUGACGGCCAUUAAGGAGGGAAACCUGCAAGUGAAGUACGACGCUCCCUUUGUAUUCGCAGAGGUCAAUGCUGAUAUCACACACUGGAGGGUCCUACCAAACGGCCAGCGACAGAAGGUAUACGUUGACCAGAAAUCAGUGGGAAGAAAAAUCAGCACUAAAAGUGUUUAUGGAGACUUCAGAGAAGAUCUCACUGUGCUCUACAAAUAUCCUGAAGGGUCCAAGGAAGAGCGCACCGUGUUUCAGAAAGCGGGGCGUCGAGUCACACAGCCGACUAAUGAGAGCACAGAACCUCCACAACUGCAGCUGCUCAUCAAACAUGCAAGGCCGGUUUUUGGAUCCGACUUCGAUGUGAUCGCAGAGGUGAGAAACGACGGAGACGAAGAUGCCCAAGUUCAGCUGACGGUGCUGGCCACAGGUGUGACGUACAACUCUGUCCACCAGGGGGAGUGCCAGAGGCAGAUGAUAAGGGUGACGGUGGCAGCUCAUGAGGGCCACAGAGAAGUGCUGCGUCUGCGCUACAAGGAUUAUGCCGAGUGCACCUCCGAGCAUCACCUAAUCAGGGUGAAAGCCUUCGCCGAGGCUCAGGGGCAGAACCAACCCCUCAUGACUGUGGCCGACGUCCCACUGAGCGUCCCUGAGCUGCUCGUACAGAUUCAGGGGAAGGCUGCGGUCAAGCAACAAGUGACUGCUAAGAUCUCCUUCACCAACCCUCUGCCAGUUCCACUGAAGGGUGGUGUUUUCACGGUGGAGGGGGCAGGCUUGCUAUCAGCGACUCAGAUCCAUGUGAAAGGGGAAAUCUUACCGGGGCAGAGAGUGGAGGUAAGCUUCCCCUUCUCCCCCAUCAGGACGGGUGUGAGGAAGCUCCUGGUGGACUUUGACUCAGACAGACUGAUGGAUGUGAAGGGAACCGCCACUCUGGUCGUCCGGAAGAUAACCGGGAAUUACAUCCGAGGAAUUUCGGGUAUUUUUGGAAACUUAGCUUUGACUGACCCGUUCGUCUGACAGGAUUUUCCUCUGGAAUUAACAGGACGGUUCUGCUGCCCAUAGCUUCCUGUAGCCUGAUAAUCUUUCAGGUCUGAUCCAACAAACUCAGCAGCUGGGAAAAGCAAAGUUAAAGUUUGAUGUAUGAAGCUAUGCAAGAAGCAUACUGCCUCAUACUCUCAUUACUGUUUAUUAGUUUUACCAUCACCCAUUUACAUACAUGUUAUUUGAACAUUUUUGUCACAGUGUUGUUUUCAUUUUAGAGUAACCUACAGCAAAAAAGAAUAAUAAAAAACUGAAAAAGUCACUUAAUUAAAACCUUUUCUGUGCUUGUUUAUCAAAAAAGUUCAGUCGUUGCCAGCUGAAUGAAAUAAACUCUUUACAGAAA